AUGUGCAUGUCCAAGGAAGGCGCGUUCUAUCCAGAAUUUCUGUCGACGCGCUAUAUUCCCGCUUUGAUUCGCUGCACCGCCCCUCGAUCGCACUACUCGACCACACAUGACAACCCAGGGAGAGUCAAGGAAAAGGGAAAGGAGAAGGGGGAGGGGGAGGAGGCAGUAGGGAAAGGCAAGGAGCGAGCGAAGAGAAGGGGGAAGCAGAAAGAAAGUAACCAGGUUUGGAAUAACGCUGAGAUCCCACAGUCAGAGUCUCAGCGCAGGACUGUAUAUGCCCUCUCGACCCCUCUUGGAAAAGCAGGUGUCGCAGUGGUCAGAAUAUCUGGCCCAGAUGCCCUACAAGCUUGGAGCGGAAUGACGCGACCUGCGACGAGGAGGGCAGACCCUACCUCCGAUCGUCAACGCGAACCAACGCCUUGGAGGAUGGAGCGUCGUGACAUCGUGCACCCCACUACUAAAGACAAGCUCGACGAUGGCCUUGUCGUCUUUUUCAAAGCCCCGAGUUCAUUCACCACAGAAGACGUCCUCGAGCUUCACAUCCACUCCGGACGCGCCGUCAUAUCGUCCGUUCUCUCUGCCCUCGCCCACAUCCCAGGCUGUCGCCCCGCAGAGCCAGGAGAGUUCACAAGGCGCGCAUUUGAAGGUGGGCGUUUAGAUCUCACCCAGGUCGAAGGACUCAAAGACCUCAUCAACGCCGAGACGGAGCUCCAGCGCCGCAUGGCCCUCCAAAACGCAGGCGGAGCAGCGAAACAGGAGUUCGACGAGCUGAGGAGCGACAUCUUGGAGUGUCUCGUGUUGCUCGAGGCUAUCGUCGAUUUCUCGGAAGAGUUUCAUGAGGGCGACGAGGAGAAGCUCUUUCAGGAUACACAAGAGCUGGCACGAGGGCUAUGUGACAGAAUCAGCGAUCACCUCAACAACCCCCGCGGCGAGAUCCUCCGUUCUGGCAUCCGACUCGCCAUAUUCGGCCCUCCCAACGUAGGCAAGAGCAGUUUGCUCAACUAUCUAGCGAAGAGGGAAGCGUCGAUAGUGACAGACGUCCCUGGGACGACGCGCGACGUCGUCGAGCUCUCCCUUGAUCUCGGUGGACUUCCCGUCAUCGUCGCGGACACAGCAGGCCUGCGCAAAGCCGAUGACCUGGUUGAAAAUAUCGGGAUAGGACGCGCUCAGGACACCGUGAAAGGCUCCAACAUCUCCCUCUGUGUGCUCUCCCUCCCAGACGCCCUCGUCCAAACUCCAGAAGGGCCACGCAUCCAGAUACCCCCCUCCGUCGCCCCCCUCAUCACGCCCUCAACCUACUUCCUGCUCAACAAAAUGGACAUGGUCAAAUCUCCUCCUGAUAUGUCUGGGGUGCAGGCUGCGGUGGAGGGGACUAGGGUGGUGGGUGGCAAUAGCGGCGAGGAUGGGGAGGGGAAGGGAGAGGAGGUGGGGGCGCUGGGGAAUAGGGCGUGGGCGGUGAGUCUGCGGACGGGGGAUGGGAUGGGGACGUUUUUGGAGGGGUUUACGGAGGUUUUGCGGGAAAGGUACGAUUUCUCACAAGACCAGGACGGCUCGACAGUCCCGCUCAUCACGCACGCACGCCAUCGACACCAUCUCCAGACUGCCAUCGACCACUUGCACGCGUUCACAUCUUUCCUACACCCCUCUACUCCUCGAACAGCCGAGAGCAAAUAUGUCGAUAUCGCGGCUGAGGAGGUCCGUCAAGCGGCCAAGGCGAUCGGGAAAGUGACGGGUGCGAUUGAUAAUGAGGAUGUUCUGGACCAGCUUUUCCGUGAUUUUUGUAUAGGGAAAUGA